AUGCCUGCCGUUAGAGAGGCCUUUGCCGCUCAACCCGUCGCUGUCGCGGACGAUUCAUUCGUCGCCGCUGGCGAUACCGCGACGCCCCGCAAAAUGCCGACGCAGCAGCAUCUUGACAUCAUUGACAUUCGCGGCGAGCAGGUCGACUUCAACCUCAAGGAGGAGAUUACCAACCACCUGAACCCCAUCAGCGGCCACCGCACGCUCCCGACGUUGCUGCUGUACGAUGAAAAGGGCCUGCAGUUGUUUGAGGAUAUUACAUAUCUGGAUGAAUACUAUCUCACCAAUUACGAAAUUGAGCUGCUCAAAAAGCAUGCCGCCGAAAUAGCGAACCUGAUCCCUGCGGGGGCCAUGGUUGUUGAGCUGGGAAGCGGAAAUUUGCGCAAAAUUUCUCUCCUCCUCGAUGCUUUCGAAAAGAUUGGCAAGCCAAUUGACUAUUAUGCGCUCGAUCUGUCGGAAGAAGAACUGCAGCGCACACUGCUGCAGGUUCCCGAUUACAAGCACGUCCGCAGCCAUGGACUCUGGGGCACAUAUGACGACGGCAAAGAUUGGCUGAAGCAGUUUGCCGAUAGCGAUCGAAACAUUACCAUUAUUCAUCUCGGCUCCAGCAUUGGCAACUUUUCGCGCCAGGAGGCGGGCGCAUUUUUGCAGGGUUUCUCCCAGGUCAUGAAACCGACCGAUUCUAUUAUUAUUGGCAUUGAUUCGUGCUGCGACCCGAACAAGGUCUACCAUGCAUACAAUGACUCUAAGGGUGUUACACAUUCCUUCAUUCUCAAUGGUCUUCGCCACGCCAACGCUGUAUACGGUAGCGACAUCUUCAACUUGGAGGACUGGAAAGUCAUCGGCGAGUUCAUCUAUGACGAGGACGGUGGCCGUCAUCAGGCGUUCUUAUCGCCCAACAAGGAAGUCACUAUCCUUGGCACAACCAUCAAGCAGGCAGAGAGAUUAAAAAUUGAGCAAAGUCUCAAGUACUCGCAGGUUGGUGGCGAGAAGCUCUGGCGCGCUGCCGGCUUAAAGGAAGUCAAGCGCUGGCGACGCGGCGACGAUUAUGGGCUUCAUCUGCUUCAGAAGACUGAUCUCCCAUUCAGCUCUCUCCCUUCCCAGUAUGGAAGCGUUCUUCCCACGCUCAAGGACUGGUCAGCCCUCUGGCAAGCCUGGGACAUUGUCACCAAAGGCAUGCUGCCCGGCCAGGAGCUGCAGGAGAAGCCGAUCAAGCUCCGCAACGCCUGCAUCUUCUACCUCGGUCACAUCCCCACGUUCCUCGACAUCCAGCUCUCCAAGGUCACCAACGGGCCCGCCACCGAGCCCUCGCUGUUCCGGUCCAUCUUUGAGCGCGGCAUCGACCCCGACGUGGACAACCCGGACCACUGCCACGACCACUCCGAGAUUCCCGAUGAGUGGCCGCCCGUGAAUGAGAUUGUCGUAUACCAGGACCGUGUGCGCGCGCGCCUCGAGAAGCUGUACAAGGACACCAAGGCCACCGACGACGGCGCGCUCGGCGACAUGCCCCGCGACGUGGCGCGCGGCGUCUGGGUCGCGUUCGAGCACGAGCUCAUGCACAUUGAGACGCUGCUGUACAUGAUGCUGCAGAGCGACAAGACGCUCCCGCCGCCGCACACGCCCGUGCCCGACUUUGCGGCGUUGAGCAUAGCGGCCAGACGCGCUCGCGUCCCGAACGCUUGGGUUCACGUCCCCGAGCAGACCAUCACUCUCGGGAUGAACGACCCCGAGAACGGCACCGAUCCCACCGUCAACUUUGGAUGGGACAAUGAGAAGCCGGAGAGAAAGCAAAAGGUCCACGCCUUCCAAGCCAAGGCUAGACCAAUCACCAACGAAGACUAUGCCGACUACCUCUACAGCACCAAGAACAGUGCCAUCCCCGCCUCUUGGUCCACCAUUGCCGACGCCAACAACGGCAGCCCUGUGCUCAACGGCGCGGGCUCCGAGUACCCCAUGCAGCCGUAUCUCAAGGACAAGGCUGUGCGCACCGUAUAUGGUCUUGUGCCCCUCAAGUAUGCCUUGGACUGGCCCGUGGCUGCUUCCUACGACGAGCUGGCCGGCUGCGCUGCCUGGAUGGGCGGCCGGAUCCCGACCAUGGAAGAGGCAAAGAGCAUCUACACCUGGGCCGAGAAGCAGAAGGAGGCGUCGAUGCACAGCAAGCUCUCGAACCGCGUUCCCGCAGUCAAUGCUCAUUUGGUGAAUGACGGCGUGGAAGAGACACCGCCCAGUUCCGCCGAAGUCACGGUCAAUGGUGUCGGCGGCGGCCACGAUGCCUCGCUGUACAUUGACCUCGACGGUGCCAACGUCGGCUUCAAGACGUGGCACCCGCAGCCCGUCACGGCCAGCGGCGACACGCUGGCCGGGCAGGCGGGCAUGGGCGGCGUGUGGGAGUGGACGAGCUCGCCGCUCACCGAGCACGCCGGGUUUGAGCCCAUGGCGCUGUACCCGGCGUACACGUCCGACUUUUUCGACGGAAAGCACAACAUUGUUCUCGGGGGAUCGUGGGCCACGCACCCGCGCAUCGCGGGCCGUCGCAGCUUUGUCAACUGGUACCAGCGCAACUACCCCUAUGCCUGGGCCGGUGCUCGACUGGUUCGCGAUGCGGUCAAUUCUGUUUGA